GUGCUGGCGUGGGCCUGCGGUUGGCCGCGGGGUUCUGGGUUCCCCGCCUCCGCCCGCGCCCUCGCACCUCCGCCUACUCUACGCGAUGACGCACCGCAGGUUUGCGGACGUGGCGGCGGCUGUCGGUGCGGAAGGCGGGGACGGCGGCGACGGCGGCGACGGUGGCAGAAGCGGACCCAGACACCGGAGAACCUAGAGUCGGUCAUGAACGUCUCCGGGGCCGCGGCUGUGGUGGAGGACAUAACCGUGUCGCCGCGCCCCUGCUAGAGGACAGAACGUCAUGGCGGGGAGGAAUCAGAACCGGACGGUUUCCCUCCCAGGAAUUCAGGCCAGUGGCCAUGUACUUGCUUUUGGAAAUUGUACAGACAAUGACAUGUUGGAAGAAGAUGCUGAAGUCUACGAACUUCGGUCCAGGGGAAAGGAGAAGGUUCGAAGAAGCGCAUCGAGAGAUAGACUUGAUGACAUUGUUAUAUUAACCAAAGAUAUCCAGGAAGGAGACACUCUAAACGCAGUAGCCCUUCAGUACUGCUGUACGGUAGCAGAUAUCAAAAGAGUUAACAAUCUCAUCAGUGAUCAAGACUUUUUUGCUCUUAGGUCUAUCAAAAUUCCAGUUAAAAGGUUUAGUUCUUUGACUGAAACUCUUCAUCCUCUGAAAGGAAGACACAUUUUACAUCCUCCACCUGUUCCGUAUUUUCAAGAGCAAGACAUUGUGCCAGCUGAUGGUUCUCUUUCUUCCAGUGAGUCAGCCGGCAGUUUCCUAAAAGAAGUGGACCGAGACAUAGAACAAAUAGUCAAGUGUACAGACACCAAGAAGGAGAACCUGAAUGAAGUCGUGUCUGCCUUAACAGCACAACAGGUCCGAUUUGAACCUGAUAACAAAAGCAUUCACCGAAAGGAUCCGUAUUACGGAGCAGACUGGGGGAUUGGUUGGUGGACAGCUGUAGUGAUAAUGUUGAUAGUGGGUAUAAUAACACCAGUGUUUUAUCUGCUGUAUUAUGAAAUUUUAGCUAAAGUGGAUGUUAGUCACCAUUCAACAGUGGGUUCUUCACACUUGCAUCCAGGACUCACACCUCCAACACAGCACAGAGAGAUGGAAAAUGAAAUUGGUCCAACAAAAGGAAUACCUGUUGGUCAGCAAGAUGACCACAAACUAUAUAGGCAAGACCCUCAGGCACAUGAUGCUCAACACAAAACGUAACAGUGAGCUGCAUCAGUGUUAGUGGUCAUGUGUGCAUAUGGAAUAUGGUGACUCACAUGCAUCCGACAACUGCUUCGAAGUCGGAAUCUAGGACAUCGAAGAUGGUUUGUUUUUACCUUUCUAAAAAAUCCCUGAACUUUUACAAAUGGACUGUCUAUAGCACCUGCAUAUGCUAUAUUGAGGCUGGUCAGGCCGUACCCCUGCUAUAUCAGGGCUUAAAGCAGAAAUAAUUUAAAUGUAUGUCUAGGAAUUCUAACUUAGAAGACGCUGUCAUUUUUCUUACUCAAGAUUAGUUAUGUUUAAAUUUUAACUUUUAAAAGAUUACCUUUUAGUUUGUUGUUCAUGUCAAGGAUUCCAAAUGCUUACAACUGAAGAAAAUUUGAUACCAUACCUACCACCAAAAUAUUAAUUAUAAAAGUUUUAAUUCUAAAAUUAUUCCUGACACCAAGUACUUAACACUUAAAUCUGAAACUUUAAAAAUAUGUUUAGCAUAUGUGCCAUGAAAGCAAAUGUAGAAACAGAUAUGGAAACAUAGUUUAUAAUUUGCAUAAUACAGGCUAAGAAAUAGAUAUCUUAAGACCCCCCAAAUAGUGUCAUUGGGUUGGAAACUUCCCAUUUGAUCACACGGACACUGUAAUUCGUCAAGAUCUAUUCCUUAAAAAAAGGAAUCCUUUAUGACUAGCUCUGCAACCUCACCUCCACUUCUUCAUUUUUAAAAAUACUUGUGUCUGAUAUUUGAAGGCACUUUUGUAGUUCUUUGAUGAAGUGUUACACAGAAAAGUAUAUUCAGCAAAUCCCUCUUUAUAUACUCAACAUACUUAUUGCUGUUAUAAAUAGUAACUUAUGCCUUAAUUAACACCUAACGCCUUACAAAGUUACUUAACGUAAGUUCAUGUACACUUCACAAUCAAAGUUUGUGUCAGAUUUUAUUGAAUAGGCUAUCAUUUCACAGGCUAUAUACAUUUGUCUGUCUUCACUUUUGAGCAUAAAUGAAUGAAGGAAAAACAAAUUUGUACAACCUGCCUCUGAAGUCUUGCAGAAGAAAAUGAUUCAUUAAGCAAAAAUGAGUAAGCAAGACUUUUACACUAGCAGUAGACGGGUUGCUUUAUUCGGCACUCUGUUGACCUCUGCUUUUCCAAAAAGAACCUGUCCAAUUUAGAUUAUCCUCCUAAUGUGCAUCAUCCAAUGGAGAAACAUAUGCCAAGGUGUGUGGCGUGGUCAAAAGGGCUUAAUAGUGGCAUUUUCUACAUCUAAUGUGGGACAAGCAAUUUGGCUAAUUAGUAUGUAUUCUAAAAAUACACUUUUAGGGAGUGGGGUCUGAUUUGCGUGGGUUUUGUGAAAUAAAGUGCAGACCGUAAAAUAUGUCACAUUACCUCAUUUUUUAGACUCUAUUUCCUAAAUCAAUGUUUCAGCUUUUUAAACAUUUUGUAUAACAAAUUCCAAUCCUGAUACAAGGAAUUAUUAAUAUCUAUUUGUUAUAUUUGGGAUUUUAUAUGCUUUCAGAAGAAAAAGCAUUACAAAAAGACUGACAUGGAAGUCAGUCAUUUUAAGGCCCCUACAUCAGAGCAGUUUUAGAAAUUUUUCCUUAUUUAGUAAUAGGUACAUUUUGAUAAAUUGAUCCUUGAGUAAAUCUUAUUAAAAAUAAUUUUUUCACAUACCAUGUGCAUUUUGAAAUCAGAGUGAUCUUUAAUUAUGUUCAGUGUUAACACAGCCAGUUUACAUUUUACCUAUAUUAAGCCUGCUGAAAAAAAUCAAGUUUUAUAGUAAAAAAAAAAAAAAAUGCAGAUUUCAGGGCAGAACAGGCUACAUAACCUCUUUUUCCAUCAAAUAGAGUUGUGAUUCUUUUAUAGGUGGUUUUACUUGGAAUUGUGAUCGAAGGGUCUGAUCACUUAUAUUUAAAGGAGUAGGUAUAUUUGCUGGUUAAAAUAGUUUCUGUCUUGAGCACUCUUUCUGAAGGAAAUACAACAUAUAUCCUUAGGACACAACCAAGCAAUUUCCUUUUCCUAUAUAUCUUAGAAUCAUUAAUAGAAUAUGAUUCGAUAUGUAGAAUUAUGCUUUCAUCUUUAAAAGAAAAAAUUAAGCAUUUAGUAGAAUUUUUGAAAAUACAUUUAAUGUACAUUUGCAAACUAUGCCAAUUUUUGGCAACUGCAAACUACAUUGUAUUCUAAACAUCAGCACAAUUGUCGUUGUUACAAUAGAUCAUGUCCAAGCCCUUGAAAUUUCUUUGAGGCUUUAAUUUUUAAGUGUUCAAGUAUGUGGAUGCAGUUGUAACCAUAAGAGAACUGAGUCAUAGCCAUUGGGUUUAUCCCUUCACCUAAAAACUUGGAAUUGCAAAUAAAGAAAAAUCUGAUACUGUUAUAGGGCAAAAUCGUGACUUUGUGAAGACUUGGUACAUGGUUGAGUUUCUUUUGGACCAAUGGAUAAAUUAUUUAAAUAUUUUCACUGUCCUGUCUACAAAACCAGGUUAUGAUCUGCUGGCCAUGUAUAGAUUAAGAAGGAGUAUGUAAUCUAAAGUUUCCUUUUCUGGUGGAUUUUCAUUGUUAAAGCUUUUUUUUUUUGACUCUGCUUUUUGGUGGUAUGAGACGUUCAUUAAAUGAACCACUCUUUAGUAACUGAUUGUUAGUCUUUAGUAAAAAAAAAAUCUUCUGACAUUACCUCACUGCAGUGCGAAGGCUAUAGCUAGAAACAGAAGUGGAGAUCUAGACUCAGAGUAUUGCAGAGUUAAGUUAUUUAAAUACUGCAUUAUCAUGGGACUAUUUCUUAUUUUGAUUUACAGCACUGUUGCUCAGGAAAUCAGUAUUUUUUUUCUACGUAUGUGCAUAUUGCACUUAGAUCAUAGAAAUAUAUGAAUGCUUUAUUUAAUUCACUUGAUGUAUGUAAAAAUCUAGGCAUCUUUUGUAUAAUGUAUUUUAUAUAAUUGGAAAUGUAUUAAACCAUUGUUAGCAUGCACAUCUGUAAAACUGUUUUUAAACUUUUGGCCUUGUUUUUCAUAUUUUUAAGGAUAUGCAAAGUAUAAUAAAAUUUCUAUUUUAUUAAUCAAUUUGAAAA